AUGGGUCCAAGCAGAGACGCCUGUGACCGGUGUCACACGAUGAAAACCCGGUGUCAACGAACUCCGCAAACUCGGGAAUGUGUACGAUGCAACCGACUCGGAAUAUCGUGUACCUACUCGCCUCCGGGCCGGACCGGUCGCCCACUAGGUGCUCGCAAGGGGAGUUCAGAGAAGGGCAAGGAGGAAACGGCCGCAAAGAGCAGAAAAGGACGUAUUCCACAUAUGGUAAAAACGCACAUGCCUACGUCAAUGGAAAUGACAACGCCUGGACUCGAUCACAGUCUGCCGAUGAUGCCCGACGGGAACUCAGGGGUAAACCCGAGUCUCCUCGGCGAUUUCGACCUGUUUUCCACUUCAGCUUACCAAGCCGAGCUCGACUACCUUUCCUUCCCCUUCAUGGACUCGUUCCUCGCCGAAAGCUCCGGUGACCUCACCUUUGCACUUGCGAGCGCCAUGGAUUCGCACCCAUCCCACUCCUCUGGAUCUUCCAGCCCUGCUGGCUCGUCUCUGCACUCCCCCGUGACACCACAACAACAGUCCUUCCACCACUCGUCCAGCCAUGACCACCGCGCCUGGAGCAUGAACAGCACCACCGACUCAUCAGACCUGGACUCGCCAUUCCCUCUCUUCACCGAAAACAUUUUCUCCCCAUCUUUCAUUCCCAAGCUGCCCCGAAACCAAUCUUUCCCCUCGGACGAGCGCAGCCGCGACAGCGAUGGAGACAUCCUUGUCCGUCUUCUGGACCUGCAAACUCGCAUAUCCAACCUCGUCAAGCGCCUCCACGAAGACCGUGGCUCGUCAAACGACUGUAAAGACAUCCUUAGCGCAGGAAAAUCACUCAUCAGCCUCCUCGACAGCGUUGCCGCUCCCUCUAGGCUCUUCUCCGCCUCAUCUUCCUCGCCGUUCUCAAACAGCAGCAUCUCCGAGCCGGCUAGUCCUAUGUCCUCUGGUAGCUCCAGGUCUAUCUCCUCCUCCCCAUCCUCCGGAAGCUCAGCUUCUCCGCUAUCCCCCAGAACAACGACAAUCCCCAACAACGUCCUCGUUCUUUCUCUCUCCAGCUGCUACGCAACCCUGCUGCAUGCCUACGAGCUGCUCGUUGACUCUCUGCAUCAACAUCACAACCACGCCCACCAGAAAUUUGCCUCAAGCACACAUACACCGCUGCUGAGUCCUGCUUCGUCUAUCUCUUCUUUCUCAUCAGAAGAACAACAGCAGGGUUACUUCAUUAGCAACGGGCUGAGACAUCAAGCACCACAAACACUAGAUAGCAACGAUGUUCACCUCAAAGCCAUGGCGCAGAUGGUGCAAAAGCUUAGGGGUGCGUUACAGCGGUGUGUGACGAGGGUUGGACAGGGAAGUGGAAGCCACGGGCACGGAGCGCUCGGUGCAAAGAAGAAGCAGGAUAUGGAUAUGGAUAUGCAUUUGGGUUUAACGGGUUUGGAGAGCUGCAACGCGAGUGCGAGUGAUGACUUGCUGAUGGGCCUUUCAAGACCGGCGUUGCUGGAGAUGGGAUGGGGAGGAGAGGAGGGGUUGUGGCAGGGGAUGAACUGGUGA